AUGCUCUGCCAGGAGCCUCCCCUUAGUCUCCGUGGGACAGCAAGACUGUUCAAAAACCUGCACGUGGAUGUCAGCGCCCUGGGCGGCAGCUUUGACUCUGAGGAGAACAGCAAAGCAGCGGAGGAAAACUGUGGCAGCCGGUUAGCUGAUGUUGCCGAAGCUGAUCUCCAGCACCCAGGGAGUCCCGCAGAGGAAGCUGGCAGGCUGAGAGAGAAGGAGUCUUUAAAAUCAAGACACGCUGAAGAAGGGCAAGAGUCUUCCUUGGAUUCUGACGCUGCGUGCCCUCCGACUCCAGUUCAAGUCCUUCCCGGAGAUGCUGACAGUAGCCUGUCUGGCCAGAACAAGGAGGAGUCCGAUGGGAAGCUCGCUGGGAAUGAACUACUGGGCACGCAAGAUGCCGAGGUGGAAGGUGACACCUCGGCAGCUGAUGAGCUGCCACGGUCUCUGGGGGAAAGGAGCGCAGCAGGGACAGAUGUGGCCAGCGGUCCUGGGCAACCUCGAGCUGCAUCUCCGGCUGCUGAAGCCGCUGAGGCAGAUCAGCUGGCAAGCCCGGCCGCCGCGGUCGACGCCGUGUCUGUUGGUGAAAAGACAGCGAAUGAAAUGAGGGAAGAAGCAGCAGCUGAUCUGAAAACAGACAGCAGGCUGGAUGCUGGCAAACUUUCAAAGGCAUCCGAGACCAGCGAGUGUGGGGAGGACUUGCAAGUCUCUAACAGCUCGGACCGUGAGCUGCUUCGGCCUAUGGACUUGGGCUUCCGGAGCCGCCUUUCUGAGCAGGUACUGGAUGUGGGGGUUCUGUCUCCUGCUUUGGACAGCCCCACGUGCAAGGCCCAGGAGCUGGGAGAAGAGGAAAAAGACCAAAGCAAAGCCAGUGUAGAGGAAGAGCAAAGCAAAAGAACAAAAGCUGCUGAGAGUGAGGGGGAUCAAAGCGCUUGUGCAACAGCGGAAGAGAAGUGUGUUGCUUUAGAAAAUCCCAAUCAGGAGGAGGCUGUGGCCCAGGAGCCGGAGGAGGGAUCGCUGGAUAGCCUAAUCAAUCUGGAGGAGCUUGCUGCCCCGCAGAAAGCGCAACCUGAGAAGGAAAUCAAACAGGAGCAGUCCUCGAACCAGCCUAGUGAAGAAUCCCUGGAGGGAAUAGCCAUGGAGAUGGAGAUUGAGCCUGAGCAAGAGAAAAUGCAUUUAUUGCAAGCAAAGAAGGAGAAAAUUCAGCAAUUCCAGGAGGAGAUGAGGCAGCAGGAGGAGGAGGAAGCUGAGAAGCUUCAUCAGCAAAAAGAAAAAUCCCUCAGGACUCUAAAAGAAGAUUUGGCAAAGGUUUCUGAGGAGGAAGAGUUGCGUGUCCGAAAGGAAGAAACUGAGAGACUCUCAAAGCUGCGAGCCAAAAUCGCCUCAGAGACCGAGGCAGAGAAGGAGAAGAUAAGGGCAGAGCAAGAGGUCACGCUGCAGAAACUGAGAGACGAGUGGGAAUCGCAGCAGGUAAUGGAGAAGGAGAGCCUGGAGAGGAAGCAGCAGCUGGUUUUGGAGAAAAUGAAGCUGGAAAUGGAGGAAGCUCAGCAGAAAGAGAUGACUGAGCUGGAACAAGAGAAGGAACAAUUCCUGAGUGAGCUCAAGGAGAGAUUAGACAGGGAAAAGAAGAAGGCAGUAGAAGAGCUGGAGAAACAGUUUGCAGCUGAACUCCAGCAGCUGAAAUCUGCAGCGGAAGAGAAGCAUCAUAAGGUCAUUUCCAGCCUGCAAACCCAGAUAGCAGAGGCACAGAGGAGCGAGGAGGCUCAGCUGCGUGAAGACUUGCAGAGAGCAGAGCAGAAAGCGCAGCAAAAAGCGUAUCAAGUAACAGAAUACGAACACGAGCUCAGCGAGCUUAUGAGAGAAACACGCCAGGAAGUGGAAAAAGACCACGAGAGGAAAAUGGAGAGGAUGAAAGAGGAGCACCAGGAGGUCCUUGCACGGAUUCAGGAUCAGUACGAGGAGGAGGAGAGAAAGCGAAGAGCAGAGCUGGUUGAAGGCCUGCGAAGUGAGAUGGUGCGCCUCCGACAGCUUCAUGAAGCGGAGGUGAGCCUGCAGGCGGAGCUGGACGAGCGGCUCGCUGCAUUGCAGCACAGGCACAGGGAGAAGGAAAGAAAACUCCAGGAUUCGGAAAACGAGCUUGAAAUGCGCACAAAGACAGUCAAAGCCAGAUCAGUGCAGCUCCUUAGCCAGGAGGAGUCUCUGAGAAAGAAAAGGCAGCAGCUGCUGGAUGAAGACAGACGGACUGAGCUAGAAAGAGAGGAAGCUGCUUUAGCUUCUCAGCUCCGCCUCGAGGAGAAUAGGAGGGAGCACGCCAGCCUCCUUGAGUCCACCCGGCAACUGCGCCGGUCUCUUGAAGAGCUCCAGGACCAGAAAGCUGAGCUGGAGGCCCAGGUGGACUUGUUGCAGACCCGAAGCCAGAGGCUGCAGAAACGCAUCGGUGAGCUGGAGGCAGCUGUCAGGAGCAAACAGGAGGCCUUGAAAGAACUGGAGGCAGAAGAAAGUGUGGAGUCUCCAAGAAGGAAAGCUGAGCUCCAUGUUGAAGACCUGAGAGAAACUAUUCAAGCUCACUCAUCCGGAGAGCCUGCUUCCCCACCCUCUCAGAGCCAUGAGGACAGCGACUUCCAAUUUGAUCACGUCAGGAGCUACAUCUCCGCGGAAGGGAUCUCUAUCAGGAACGCCAAGGAGUUCCUGGUGCGCCAGACCCGCUCCAUGAGGAAGAGGCACACGGCCCUGAAAGCUGCAAAGCAGCAGUGGCGCCAAGAUAUGCGGAAAGCGCAGGAGGCGGUGCAGGAUCCCGACAGCUCCCAGCUCCGAGGCGUGCGCAAGAACCUGGAAGAGGAAGCAAAGCAGUUGGACAAGAUGAAGUCGGCUAUGCGGAAAGGACAGGUGCUGCUGAAGAAGAAAGAAGAGAAGCUGAGCCAGCUGGAGUCCUCGCUGCUGGAGGAGCUUUCAGAUGAAGAUACGCUGAAGAGUGCUGCAUGCAAGAAGGUGGUGACUUUUGAUCUCAGCAACUCUGAGGACACAAACAGCACAUCCAGCGUAAAUCUACGUCAGCCUAAAUUUGAUUUGAGAACCGAUUUACGGCCUGCCCCCCAGCUGGACAAGAUCCAGUACUUGACAGACUCUCUGCAGCGCAUCACUAGUGAGCUGAACGGGGUCCUCGGCAUCUUGGGCUCUCUGAACAACCGGCAGUCUCCGCUCUUCGCCUCGACGCCCUGCGACGGCGUCCCUCUUUCUACGUAUGCCUCCUUGGCAGGACUUCAGGCAGGCGGCUCGCCGCUGCCGCCCGCCGGGGUGUCUCUGGUGGACCAGUGGGCCUGGAGCACUGGGCUGAGCUCUAGUAGCUCUUUCGCGGCUAGACAGUCAGUGGACAGCAUCCUGGCAGAGAAAUGGCACAAGUAUUUCCCAGGUGGGUUCCCGUCGCUCAGUGGAAGUUCCAAGCCUCUGGACAACAAGCUGGGAUACGUACCUGCAGAUGAGCAAAUACGGCUGUUCCAGCACUCCCAGUUCCAGAGCCGUGAGUCAGACAAGAUGAGUAUUCAAGGAAUGAUUGAGACCAACAAGAAAUGGCUAGAAGACUUCAAGAGGGAUUCAAAAGUACCUCUCUUCCCCGGUGCACAGAAGCCCCCAGCCAGCAGCCCCAGCCUACUCCAGCUCGGACUGGAUGAAAACAGACAGAUUAAAGUGUACCAUUACUGAAAGGUGGGACUCGGCU